AUGUCCCGACGCUUAGGAAGACCCGCAAAGAAGAGAGACAAUGCGCAAGACGAUUCGCUCGAUUGUGGAACGUCAGAUCACCCUCGUCACCAGACCAAUCGAAGAGUUCGGAGUCCCAGGAAGAGGAAGGUCAAGAGGGACUCGGGCCAGAGAAGUGGCCAUGAUAUAGCAAGUCCCCAGGAUGAAGAGGAGGUGAUCCUGGACGAAAUUACCUUCAACGACUCUAUUGUAGAUGAUAUGUCUACAGAGGAUACACGCCUACCAACCCCACCAUUCCUAGAUACAGACAAAUUAUCACUCUAUGAGGGUUCCGAUACCAUAGAUCUGUCCGACAACUGGCUACAGGAGUUUGUAUCUGGACAGUCAGCCGACUUGGCGCAGGACCGCAACUUUCUCGAUGCUCUUGGUAUAAAUAAUACCGACACUGGUCUUACAGCGCUUCCAUCAAGCACAAAAGAUCUCACCGGCUCCACGGGGACAAUCGACAUGGCUUCCUUCGAGCUGCAGGACCAGUUGCCAUUGGGCGCGUACUAUCCACCAGCAAGUGGCCUCUCGGCCUACAGUGAGCCAACGACUGAAAGUGCGCAGGCAAUGGCGGAUAUAGCGUCCCCUUAUACAGCGUUUCUUAAAAGGGAUUCGAUAGCUUGGCCACAGACUGUACCGUCUUCAACAGAGAGUGAUUCUGCUAGAUUGCCUACCGCCAGCGAACAUCUGAACCCACUAAUUACAAGCAAGGGGCAGCGACGCACCCACGAAUAUAAUCACUCAUCGGAGGGUCCAGGGUUCGCCACGACUAUUACAGCCCGCCAAUAUCAGUGUCAGUGCCAUGAUCAUAUUGCUCGAGAUUUGAUGCUGCUCAAUAUCAGCGCUUCUCGCACAUGGCCAACAGUCACAAUUGACUCAAUCUUGAAAUGUCAGCAGAUCCUACAGCAGUUAACCGAUACUAUCCUCGAAUGCGCCAUUUGCUGCAAAACACGGGUAAAUUUGCUCAUGAUAGUCGUUGUUAGCAUCGACAGUCUAGUAACCGCACUCGAAACAAUCACGUCCGUUGACGGUGGUGUUUGGGAUGGCGUAUUUGUCGACUCUUCCGUCAUCAUGGGGAAGGUUGAGCAUGAUUACAGAGACGAAUCGAAGGGUACAGUUGGUUAUGACGAAAAUGAAACUGCCGGCUAG